ACAGGACUCUCUGUAUCUGAUGGUCACCUCCAAGGAGCACAUUUUCAGUUUUAAUCAUUGAUCCUAAAACGUACCGUUACAUGCUGAAGCCAGAGAACAAUAGACUGGACCUAAGGAGAUUAGCGUUUGCAGGGUUGUCUAGGCCAGUUUUAGACACGUUAGUAGGUCAACCUGCGUCUCGAAACGCAGAGCAGUCUUGCUUCUGACACCUGUGGAGUGCAAGCGUGCCCUAAGUAGCUCUCAUUCCAAUUUCGAUAGAUUCAUUCGAAAAUUUCCCUAUAAACUCAUUCCUAAACAAAUAGAACAGGUUUUUAUAGCACCUAAAUUUUCUGUGCUCAAAGUGAGAGGUGUGAAAUGUGAUUAUAAAGAGAGAAAAUUAUAGUUUAUAGUCUUUCCCUACCAGUUUAAUAUUGAAUGACCGUUUGAUUAAUGAGUUUUCCAGAAAAUAUGUCGAAUAUGUUUUCAUCUAAAUUUAUAGUGAUCGUGAGUUGAUAUCAAUCAUCGAUUAAUGACCAGAAGAGUUUUCAUAACAGCGCGAUGAAUUAAUUGCUUCUAAAGAAUUUGCCUUCGAUAAGUCAACAAUACAUUUAAAAUGUGGAUAACGACGGAAAAGGCGCGGCUAUGGCUGCUUUUCGUUACUCUUCUUACUUGUGCAAUCAUCGCUGAAAUCAAAGCGAUGGUUACGGAAGUGGAAGCUACACCAACGGCGAUAAACGGUCUACUGAUCGGAGAAUUAUCGGUAUCGCAGUACAUUUUUUUCAUGCUGAUAUUCCUGAAGUUUACGCUGCUCUACGCCGUCGGAGUAUUGCCCCUCGAAAUAGAUCUUGGAGGAGUGUGGGAUCCCAACUCGAGGCCUCUCCCCGGCGCGGUAGAUCCGUCUCGUGUCGGGUCCAGCGAAGCGCGGUCAAGCUUUGGCAGAUCACUUGAUCAUCACGAUACGAAAUACAAUCAAACGGCUUCACAGAACCACCUACUACGCUCCGUCAUGUGGGACUGUCCCCUGCAGUUCGUGUGCGAAGUCGACCACUGGGCCAACAGGGACCACGAGUUCCUCAUCGAGUCCAUGAUUGCCAAGUGGCUCAGGAACCCGAGCAACCACACGUUCCAUUCAACACAAGGUCAAGUGUUUGGCGGGCUGCCCGAGACCUGCCCGGCGAUGUACCCUUGUCCCUUCGACGUCCAGAAGGCGGUUGGUAUCACCAUUCCAGGGUCGGCUCGCGCCGUCAGAAAUGAUGUGGACCAUUCUGAUCCUGAUUCAUACCUUUCACUAUUUUAAUUAUCAAUUAUCAUAUACAUGGUUUGAUUAAGUGCGUAGGCUAACAACAUUCAAUGAAGUCUCAUAACUCUGAUUUGAAUGUUGCUCUCGCUUAUCGUUACACACUUUCGCAAGGCAUUACCUAGACUUUAAUUUUCUAUGUCGGCUAAUGGCUCUGGCUACAAGAAGGAGUGUUGGUUACAAAAUAUUGACAAGUCAGUCAAGAUUUUUCCGUUCUUCAUAAUUUCUAUGACAACUAUUCCAAGUUGAAUAAAAUCAAGAAGGAAAAUUAAUAUUUGCUACAGUUUCCUAAGGUCACUUAAUUGCACUAGACUCAGAGAUUAAGAUGCAUUGAGUUCUUCACUUUACUCAAGCCAAAACUGGUGCAAUUAAAUAAUUAAGCGCUUAAUUGAAGCUCAAGUUCCUAAAAUACCAUGACUCGUAUAGGUGUGUUGACUGGUUUAAUAUUAUUGUGUAAUGUGAAAUUAUUGUAGAAGUAAUUCUUAUUAUUCA